CCGGCUGCUGACCCGUACCGCGGCGCGCCCCGUGGGUCGUCAUGCAGCGGCUGCUCGGUCCUCCCUUGAAGGCCCUGAUGGGCAACCGUGGUCUCCGGCUGCUGUCUCCCAGGGCCGCGCCUGGAGCGCAGUGUGGCUGCAGCUGUGGCAUGAGACUCCCUUGGAAGCCAGGGCGAUACAGUACCAUCUCCGAAGUAGCCUUGCCAUCUGGAAGGGGUGGAAUGUCCCUCGCCUCGAAGGCCGCUGAGCGAGUGGUGGGCCGCUGGCUCCUGGUCUGCAGUGGGACGGUGGCUGGAGCAGUCAUCCUCGGUGGUGUGACCAGGCUAACAGAGUCUGGCCUCUCUAUGGUAGACUGGCAUUUAAUAAAGGAAAUGAAGCCACCUACAAGCCAAGAAGAGUGGGAAGAAGAAUUCCAAAAAUACCAGCAAUUUCCAGAAUUUAAAAUCCUGAAUCAUAACAUGACGUUAGCAGAAUUCAAGUUCAUCUGGUACAUGGAGUACUCGCAUCGAAUGUGGGGUCGCAUGGUAGGCCUUGCAUACAUUCUGCCCGCUGCCUACUUUUGGAAAAAGGGCUGGCUCAGCCGUGGCAUGAAGGGACGUGUUCUUGCCCUCUGUGGCUUAGUCUGCUUCCAGGGUCUGUUGGGAUGGUAUAUGGUGAAAAGUGGAUUAGAAGAAAAACCUGACUCCUAUGACAUCCCUCGGGUUAGCCAAUACCGCCUUGCUGCCCACCUGGGGUCAGCCCUUGUUUUGUAUUGUGCCAGCCUGUGGACCUCACUGUCACUGCUGCUUCCUCAACACAAGUUGCCUGAAACCCGUCAACUCCUGCAGUUGAGACGAUUCGCUCAUGGAACAGCAGGUUUAGUGUUCCUCACGGCUCUCUCAGGAGCUUUUGUGGCAGGGCUAGAUGCUGGACUUGUUUACAACUCCUUCCCCAAAAUGGGAGACUCCUGGAUCCCAGAGGACCUCUUCACCUUUUCCCCCAUCCUGAGGAAUGUCUUUGAGAAUCCCACCAUGGUGCAGUUUAACCACCGGGUUCUGGGGAUCACUUCAGUCACUGCCAUUACGCUGCUCUACUUCCUGUCGCGGAGAAUGCCCCUGCCCCGAAGGACCCGGAUGGCAGCAGUAACCCUGCUGGCUUUGGCAUACACACAGGUGGGUUUGGGCAUUAGCACUCUGCUGAUGUAUGUCCCAACUGCAUUGGCUGCCACUCACCAGUCGGGCUCCUUGGCUCUUCUCAGUGGUGCCCUUUGGCUCAUGAAUGAACUCCGAAGAGUCCCCAAGUAAUCCACAGAGGAUCAGCUUCUCAAGAUGGAGACAGACAUUUUCCAUCUAUUGUGGCUCACGCCCCAAGUACCUGUAACAGGCAGAACUGGACAGGCUACAGUCAGAACCCAGAACUCAAGCCCCGUGGGUGGCACAGACCGGAGCACUUGGCCAUCACCUGCUGCCUCUAAGGCUGCACCUCAGCAGGAAGCUGGACUCAAAGUGGAGUUGCAGCACUUGAACUUGAACCAAGCGGUAAUCUAACUGCUACAUCAUAUGUUGUUUUAAUUCAGUGAUUUGGAUUAAAACAUUGAAUGUAAAGACGAAGGAAUCCAGCAUUACUAACAACAGAUGA